UAACAAUGAAAAAUACGACGGAUGGUCGUUAGAGUCACAUGGGUUAGCUUAGAACAUUUGAUCUAGUGUGACAGUUAUAUGUAGUCUUUGGAAUAUCGAGAGUAUGUGGGGUUAUGAUUUUAGACUAUUUUACCCCUAGACCUAUAAUUUACUUAAGUUGGAAGUAAAUGGCAAAAGUAGAAUUUUGUAUUAAGAAGCUUUAUUUGGUUUAAUGAUUUAUAUGGUGGAAUAGUUUAGAUUACUUUAAAUUCUUAGUAAAUAAUAAAGAGUAUUAAAAAUCUUUAAUGUUAUUAGGAUAAGUUUUAGAAUUUAAAUUAAAACAAAAAUUAUCGAAACUAUUUUUUUUUCUCUCUCUCUACAUAGUCGGCUAAGAAGAACCAGACCAAACUAAGAGCUUGCUUCUUCCUUUUUAUGUGAUUUUGGUGAAUUCUUGUUGAAUUCAAGUGGUGUAAACCCAAAGUACAACCUUAGUGCUUUUCCUUUAAGCUUUUUGAGAAUUUUAGGGUUGAGUUUGACCAUGCAAUCGGGAUUUUCGGUUCAGUCUGAACCUUAAGCUUUUAGGAGUCUUUUUCUGGGUUAUAUUUGAGUUGAAAUUAAUUUAGAUGAGCUAGUUUUGCUGGUUUGAGAAGUGGUUGAGCAAGUUUGACUUUGAGAACUCUAACUUGGCUUAACAAUGGUACUUUUUAUUUUUGGAUAUAUUUGCUGCUGUUAUUGCUUAGAUAUUGUUGUUAGGUGUCAUUAUAGGUAUUUUGGAAAGUUUGGUUGAGUUUGGGAAAAAACUGAGCGAGGUUCAAAGUUUUUAGGGUUUUCUACAGAGAACUGGUUAACCGUUUAUCCACGCAGGACCUUAAGAACCGGUUUAGGCAGUUUCUAGAGCCUUAGUUUUUUGUAUUUUCUCGAUAUUAAGAGUAUUGCCAUGCUAUCUACCGCUAAGAAAACUUCUAAUUUUGAGUUUAGAUUCCCGAGAAAGUUUUACCAAGUUGCUUACCCGUUUAUGUAAUUGUGACAUAUGGCCUCUGUUCAACGCGUGAUUUUCCAUUCAGAUCGACCGACACACUUAAAUCAAGAAACGAGUACAUAAAAUCCAAGACUACUUCUUGAUCAUCACUCUCUUUCUCUGGCUCUGCUUCAAUGGCACCCAUCCAGAAAAAGUCCACACUCCGACCCCUUUUCACCUUGGUAGUGGAUGAAACCGCCAUUGUCCAACAUAAGCUGAGGAUCCCAAAAAAAUGUGUGAUGUUAUUUGGUGAAGAGCUUGGUGAGAUGGGUACUCUUACUGUUCCUCAUGGCAAUGGUAAUCGAGCAUGGAAAGUAAGAAUAGUGAAAAAUGGAAAGAAUAAGAAGAAAAAGUGUCAUAAUAACAACAAUAUUUGGUUUAAAGAUGGUAUGGAGGAAUUUAUUAACUAUUAUUCCAUUCACUUACACUCCAUUUUACAAUUCACUUACCAAGGAAACUCAAUGUUUUCUGUUCGUAUUUGUGAUGCUUUGGGUUCGGAAAUUGAUUAUCCAUUUGAUGAAGAAGAUGAAGAUGAAGAUGAAGAAGAUGAUGAUGAUGAUGAUGAUGAUGAUGAUGAUGAAGAUGGUGAUGAUGAUGAUGAUUAUGUUUGUAAGUCAUAUAAAAGAAAAAGCUUUAAUAGUCAAAAGCAGAGUGGCAAAAGAACAAGUGUUGCUUCCAAAGACCAUAAUUCCAAACAAAGUUCACAAGGAUUUUGGUGUCAUGUAAAACAAGAACAAGUUGAUGAUGAUGAUAAUGAUAAUGAUGAACAUGAAAUGGUUGUUCCAAGAAGCUUUGAUUAUCAUAAAGGAAGAAGACUAGUCAUGUCCAAGGGAGCUAAGGCAGCUCAAGCGGCUGCCUAUGCAUCUAAGUCCAAACUACACAAUCCUUCAUUCAUGGGUAUUGUGAAUCAACAUAAUAUUAGAAUGGCAGUCCCUGCAGAAUUUGUGAGAAGGCACAUGAAAUUUUGUGUAGAUAAGAGUGUUGAAGUUGAACUACAGCCACAGGCCAAGAAUGAUGAGAAAAUGAAAUGGGUUGUGAGUUGUUGUCCUAUGAAGAAAUGUGGUACAUUAAUGAAGAGAUUAGGGAAAGGGUGGUCUUCUUUCUCAUCCAAUCAAAACUUGAAGAGUGGAGAUGUUUGUGUGUUUGAAAUGAUUCCCAACCUCAAUGCCAACGGUGAUCUUGUCUUUAGAGUUUGGAUUUAUCGUGCAGCUAAUUAUGAAUGAAAUGUUUAUUUAGCACUAAUUCUCUUUUUUGUAGUUUUUGUUGGGUGACUUUGCUUGAUUAGUUUUGUUAAUGGUAUUGUGUUUUUUUUUCUAUACAUGUUAGAAUAUUGUCGUUUAUUAGUGGCUUUUCUUGUUUGUAGAAACAUUGGUUCUUAGAAUUUUUUUGUUUAAAAGGGAUUUUUGUCUUUGCUCAAGGUUUUACUUUGAGUGUCUCACUGAAUCUGUUUACUCAUGCAUGUAUUCCACAGGAAAGAAUUAGAAUAAUACAAAUAUCAGCAUUUUACAUUAAUUCAACUCA